CUUUAGUUCGCAAUUCAUUAAAGUAUGUGCUUAGAAAACAAUCAGUUUGGAAAUAUUUUUAUCCCUCCGAACAUUGAUAUCACUUUGAUCACUAGACGAAUCUGAAAAUCUGUUGCCAUGAUUUUUUUGCAUACGACGAGAGUUGAUUUUUCGAUAGUAUGUUUGUGUGUUAUGUUUGCAAUGGGUGUUGCUCAGCUGAAUGUGAUAAAACGUGACUAUUUCACUACAAAAGACAGAAGAAUUCUCCCUAACAGUACCACUAUAAUUCAGCACAAAUCAAGAUCACUGUUAGCGUGUGCGUCUUUUUGUUCAAUACAUAAAGCAUGCUGUGUUGCUAGCUAUGAUCAGAAAACAAACCAAUGCAUCCUAGAUAAAUCCUGCUGCCCAGAAAGUGAGCAAUCAGUAGAUGCACUGAUGUUGAAGAUCCAAUCAGAUUCACUUGCAUGCCCAAACGGAUGGUUAAAAAACGGAAACAAAUGCUACUUCUACAGCGAUGAACUUAAAACUUGGACAGAUGCUAAGAUUUCCUGCGAAGCUGAUGAAGGAAUGCUUGUAGAAGUAGAUUCAAAAUGUGAAAACGACUUUAUUAAGAUGUCAGCAAGCAUGCCACUGUACUGGUUAGGUGGAACUGACCAACAAAAAGAAGGUGUUUGGAUAUGGUCACACAGUCAGAACGUUAUCACCUUUUCUGAUUGGGCCGGGGGACAGCCAGACAAUUAUAAAGGCAGGGAACAUUGCCUUGGUUUGUGGUAUAACAAUGGAUUGUAUUGGAAUGAUCACCUAUGUCACAACUUACUACGAUUUAUCUGUGAAAAAGAUUUAUUAAAUUAAGUUGAAGAAGAAGAAGAGAUGUAGAAGACAGAGAUCAUCGAAUGAAUUGAAGCCUGUGCUUCAACAAUUUUCCGAUAUAUGGAGAAGAAUUAUUUUGUCUUAAACAAAAUUGUAAAAAACGUUCAUAUUAGAUACUUUUUUUUUGUUGCUUUUUUACUUGUUUAGAGUCUUGUCUUGUUAUAUAUUUAAUGAUAUAAAAACCACUCAGUAAAAUUGUUGGUGUAUAGAAAACAGUUUACCUAGAAAGGCUCCUAAUUUAAAAAAAGAAAAUAAAAAAAUCUUUUAAAAUGUGUUUAUUCCAUUUUUAAAUCUUAUCAAUAUCAAUUUUUACUGUUAUUUUACAAAACAAACCUGUCAAUUGAUUUGCUAUCAACUGAUUUGGACUUUCGAUUCAAGAAUUAAGGGCAAUGAUUAUCCGCUUGUUAAGUGAUAUGAGUGAUGGUUGAUCUGACACAACAUUGUGAUUAGACUUAAGAAAGGGUAUUGUGUGGUAUUUAGUGAUUUCAAUAAGAUAAAUAUGAAAAACUAAUUUGAUUGAUUGCCGUAUUAUUUUUUUUGUUAAAAUCACCGUUGCUUUUCAGUCAUAAAUAUUUUAAUUUGCAUUUUGCCAAUCAGAGUAAAAGAUUGUUUAUUCAUACGGUUUUUGUUUUGUUUAAAGCUCAAAAUCAAACAGAACACAUAUCGUGUAUGCUGCUUUAUAAUUUAUUGGUAAUUGUUGUGAUAAAUGUUUAAUUGGCUAUCUAGAUACACAUUUGUUGACGUGCUGUAUAUACACAAAUGACCACCAUCUAUAAAUCUGAAUGCUGUCUUAAUAUCUAUAUGUAAUGUCGUACAAUUGAUAUAUCAAAUUGCAAACAGUUUUUGUUCCAAACAGGUAUUUUCCAACAUCUGCGUGUUUGUAAAGGGAGGUAUCUUAACUAUGAUUUUACUCAAACGCAUUGUAAAUGAAAUAAAGGAAACCGUCUACAUUUAGAAUAAAGAGGAAGAUCUAGUAUUAAUUCUUACAAGAUAAAUCUUCACGAGUGACCAAAUGACUCAGAAAUUAACAAUGUUAGGUUACCGUCCAGCAUUCUAAAAUUAAUGAAGCCCAUACCUCGAAGUCAGAGCUCCCUAUAUAAUUGUUAUUAAAUACAACCAUAGAUAUAUAGAUGUGAAUUCAUACUUGUGUCUAGUUGGUUUGAGAUGAUGAUGCAGACUUUUAUGUUUUAAGUUCGAUAAUAUGCUAAUGACGAUAUUCUAAAACAAUUGUUUUAUUUCUUAAGGACAUCAUGUCUUACAAAUGCACAAGUGAACGAAUGCAAUAAGAAUAUUAUCAUUUAACGUAAUACUGUUUUUAAAAGACCAAGGACACUUUUCAUAUUUAAUGUCUCUCUGUUUGUCUAUUUGAAUUAAACCAUCAACAUAGAAUAGCAUUUAGAUUUUUUUAUAUCAGGCUUAAAUUUUGUUAUUAAUUAUUUAUAUCUGUAUCAUUCUUAGCAUCACAUGUAAAUGUUUGAGGUACUUUGCGGAUAGCAUUGAGGCAUAUUGAGUUGCCAUGGCGACAGCCUUCAAAUAGGAUGAUAUUAAAAGUUUUAAUUUGUCAAUUCCUAACUAAAAUUACCAAUUUGUACACUCAGGGUUGCUGCUCAAAAGGAAGCUCUUAAACCAAGAGUUCCAAAUGGUGCAGUUGAAUUCAUCCCUUCGUAAAUUUUACUGACACCAUCAAAGUUGGUUUAUCGUUAUGAAAUAACCGUUUCACAAAUGAUAUCGGAUAUGUUUCUUACGUCAUAACUACAAUCCCCUUCCCUUUCAUAAAUGUGACCUACCGAAUUAGACUAUUUACCGGAUUUGUUAUUACAUAAGCAUCACGACGGGUGCCACAUGUGGAGCAUGAUCUGCUUACCCUUCCGGAGCACAUGAGAUCCCCCUUAGUUUUUUGUGGGGUUCGUGUUAUUCUUUAGUUUUCUACGUUGUGUCAUUUGUACUAUUGUUUGUUUGUCCUUUUCAUUUAAGCCAUGGCGUUGUCAGGUUAUUUUCGAUUUAUAAGUUUGACUUUCCAAUUGGUAUCUUUCGUCCAUUUUUAAUAGGUAAACUGUACACGGUUUAUUUUCUUUUGUUCAUGAACAAAUGGAUAUUUUCUACCUUGUAAACUUUCUAAGCAUAAAAAUCAGAAGCGUAGCCGUAAUAUAUGUGCUAUGUUAAAUACCGAAAAUGGCAAAAAGGCAAGAUUCAAAAUAGAAAUAUAUUCAGAACGCCAUUAUACAGGAUAUGUCCGUAAUAGGGGGAAAUCUUGAAGAUUAAUUACUAGUUUGAAUUAUUUUUUAUCGAACCUUCUUUCUGAGGAUUUCGGCAAAAUUGAUUUUUAAAACAUGAUUAGUUCAUCCUUUCAUUUCGUAAAUAGUUAACUGUUAAUGAUCUAAAAUAUAUUAAAUCAACAUAUAAGUAUACUUCCGUUAAAGGAAGUUUACAAGAAAUCCUUUACCUAAAAUCCAAGACGGUAAAAGGCAUAUAGAAAUAUCUAUUGUAUAUAAUUCUAAUAAAUAAUCUACAACUGAUAUACAAAGAAUCAAUUUUAUCAAAAAGGACAAAAGUACGUGUUUUAAUUAAUACGAGUAAAAUACCUCAUAUUUUACAAUACCUGUAAUAGUGUUUAUUCAUGUACUACAUUUACUUAUCAUGAUUAA